UGAGCGACAGAGUGAGUGCAGACAGGCGAGCAGUAGGCAGAAAGAGAGAGGCGAGCGGACGAAGGAGAAGACAAAGGAGAAGCCGAGGCAGCGCUUGCUCUGCUCUGGAUUAACCCUUUCUUCUUACUAAAUGUUGCUUUUUGUGGAUUUCUGUCUUUUAUACGUUCUCCAUCAUCCCUUUGCUCAGUUGUGGUACACUGUCUCUCUCUCUCACACACACACACACACAGUUUUUUUUCCCAGAGGAUCAACUACUGGUGUGUAUGAAUGGAGUCCUGGAGGAAUGAUCAUGGAUGGAUGGAGGUAGAAGGGAGGAGUGUGUCUGCUUUUCCCAUGGAGAUUGUGUCGUUUUCUCUCCUCCUUCUGCUGGCUGCGCAGCCUCUUUCCCCUCGCUUUCUUUUGUAUUAGUGCCCCCUCCCUUACUCCCUCCUUUCUUUCUUCCCUCCCUUGGCUGUACAGGCUUUUGUCUCUCUGACAGGGAUCCAGGCUUGUCUUUUUGCCGCUCUUCCUACCCUACCCCCUUUGACCGACUCAAAAAGUACCGUUCCCUCUUUUCUUGUGCUUCUGCGAAAGCUUAAACCAAACGAGUCUGAUGCCGAGCUAAGGCAUCAGGCUAGGCUAACUGCUAGCCACUGGAGUGGUGUAGACCCCUCAGCUUGUCACUGCGAAGUGUGCGUUUCUUGUGCGCUUGUGUGAGUGUAUGAAUUUAGACGUCAUGGCAGAAGCAUUGGCUCACACUUGACCAGUCAUUCCAUCGUGCAUUUGGUGUGACCUGAGGAGGGAGGAAGGCAACAGCAGAAGGGAAAGGUGUGUAUGCAGAGUUGGAAGUAAUCCCCCCUCCAUUCUUACUCAUGGCUCAACGUGCUCUCCUGAUGACAUGACCAUGAGAAAGUCUGGUCAACCUGGGACUGGAAUAUUCCUUAUUUUACAACAUGGUGAUUGUUAAAGUCAAAUUGUUACCACAAAAGCUCCAGAAUGGAAUUUACGUGAGGAACUGGGAACUUGCAGCCUUGGGUCAACCAUUUGGCCCAAAUAUUCAUAAGUUUGCUUGUGGAAAAAACUAUUUUGACUUAGUGUUGUGGAUAGAUUUACUAUCUGUCUGCCACCCAGCGUGGCAAGGAUGAAGAAGACAAGCAGCCGCACACUCAGGCGAGCAUGGCCCAGCUCUGAACUGUUAGAGCGCCUGCUGCCACCAGCAUCCUCUGCAGAGCCUCACAGGAGCCGACGCUCUCGCAGUGAGAAGGACUACAGAAUCCACAAACACAGCAAGAGGAGCCACUACCCUCCACAGUAUCUGUGUCAGAGUCCACCUGCUUACAUACACACAGGUGAUGUGUCACCCAUCAGUAUGUCCCCCAUCAGCCAAUCGCAGUUCAUCCCUUUGGGAGAGGUAUUGCUAUUGGCUAUCUCUGCUAUGAACUCCGCCCACAAGCCUGUCACUCAGGAGGCCCUAACUGAACACCUGCAGACAUGUUUUCCAGGUGUUCCCACACCAACGGAGGAGGUUCUGCACCACACACUGGGCAUGCUGGUCCGUGAGCGGAAGAUCUACCCAACACCAGACGGAUAUUUUAUUGUAACCCCUCAGACUUACUUCAUCACUCCGAGCCUAAUCCGAACUAGCUCCAAGUGGUAUCACUUAGAUGAGCGAUCGGCUGACCGUCACCAACAGCAGCAACAUCAGAACCAACAGCAGCAUCAGCAGACACAGUGCACCUCCCCUCUCUCUGGCACCAUCACCCCGUCCACCUCCGGAGCCGUGAGAGAACGAACACACCCGAAGUCCAGCCAAAACCACAGCGGGGGAGGCGGAGGAGGUGGGGAUUCUUUUUACAACAACAGUUACCGUGGAGACGAUCCCCCUAGCCACCACACCACCCUGCAGCGUCGAUCUCCCAAAGACCACCGGGAGGCUUACUCAUCCCCCCACUCCCCACAAACACCUCCUCAGCAAGCAGGAGGCAACACAGAAAAGAGUCGCAGCACCCUUGGGUUCCCCUUCAAGACGGAUACGCUCACCAAGCACCGAGGUGGGGGAGGUGGGGGAGGAGGAGGAGGAGGAGGGGGAGGAGGAGGAGGAGGAGGAACUGGAGAGAUAGAGAAACAAACAGGUGGAGGAAGUGGUACAGGAAGUCGGAAAUUUGGUUUGAAGCUGUUCCGCCUGAGCUUUAAGAAGGACAAGGCCAAGCAGCUGGCCACCUUCUCCGCACAGUUCCCCCCUGAGGAGUGGCCGCUCCGUGAUGAGGAGGCACCCAGCCAGCUGCCACGCCAUGUAGAGAUGGAGAUCAUCCGGAGAAUCAACCCUGACCUCACUGUGGAGAACCUCGCCCGGCACACAGCCGUCAUGAAGCGCCUCGAAGAAGAGCGUGCUCAGAGGAGUAAAGCGUCAUCAGCCAAUCAGAGCUCCAGGAGUAGGAGAAGUGGGGGUAGACACAGGAAGCAGUCUCAAACCAAACUCAGCCGCUCACAUAGCAAGACGAGGGCGUCCCGCGGUGAGCCAAGUGACAGUUCUCACCUAGAGCUUGCGGACAGGGACUACAGAGCCUACUCAUCCUCACUGGCCCGGUCACCGAGGGAACACGCCCUGGCCAUGGAGCGGCAACGGGCCCGCCUUCACCUGGCACACAGCAAUCCCAACAUCCUCGACUCUUCCCACCUGCCUGUGACGCCAGAGUGGGAUGUGUCUGGAGAGCUCGCCAAGCGGCGCACAGAAAUGCCUUUCCCUGAGCCAAGCCAUGGCCCCUCAGCCCACCACUCCAAAGUCCACCGCUCACACUCCCACACCCAGGAGAGGAAGUCCAGAAAUGAACGCAGUGACAAGGCCAAGGAACGCUCCAGAUCCAUGGACAAUUCUAAAGGACCUCUUGGAGUGGGUUUGAUCGGACCACCUGAUUAUUAUGACGAUCGGAGCCGUUACUAUACUGACGAUGGCACCUUGCGAGCCAAUCAGAGCUCUUCUCACUACUCUCGUGCCACGCCCCCCUCAGCUAAGCUGCCUGUGGAUUCUCUGGGGUUGGAUGGUGGCAGGAGUUUAGAGAAAAGUAAGAGCAGGGACAGCCUGCCAGCAUACUCACCCAAACUACUGCCCACCGCCAUCCCUCCUGAUGAUUACUUCCAGUGUGCCGGUUCCUCUGAGGCUGCUCUCACAGCAGCAAACCCGCUGGGAACUCUGGGCAAAAGUAGCCAUGAUGGAUUAAAACUGGGCAGCACUGACAGGCAAACGGACAGACAGACUCCCCAUACUCUAGAAAAUAAGGAGGACUUGUCAAAGGUGGGACCUAAGGGUGGCAGCUUGCCUCCAAUACCCCUCUCUAUCCCUGACCCUCCACUACCUAAUGGACGACCUCCCCACAGUGCCUCCUCUGGUCAGGAGAAACGUAAGGAGAUCUUUAGUAAAGACACACUCUUUAAACCUCCUCCCAGCCUCCCUUUGCCCGGCUACAGCUCCCUGAGAAAACCCCCAGCCCUCACCUCCUCUACUCUGUCCUCGUCCUGCGAUGCACUUGAUUCCCAGGAGGCCUUUGAUGCUCCCAAACCUCUGGUGGCCACACCAUCUGCUCCCCCACAGGGGGUUGAACCCACAACCAGUGCUGCAGAGGCCUCCUUUGACUACUACAAUGUCUCAGAUGACGAUGAACUCGAGGAGGGGGGGAGUAAAAGUCGAGGAGAGGAUGAAAAAACUGGAGGAGGUGUUGUUGGGAUGGGAGGAGGUGGAGCAGGGACCAUGCAGUGGCUGUUGGAGAGAGAGAAGGAGAGGGACCUACAGAGGAGGUUUGAAAGAACCCUCACCUUCCCUGGUGCUAAAGAGAACCUUCCAGAGCCCAGCCAGAACCAGCAGUCAGCCCACUCUGCUAGACUGGACAGUAUGGACUCCAGCUCUGUCACUGUGGACAGUGGAUUCAACUCACCACGAACAAGGGAGAGCCUAGCGUCAAACACUUCUUCCAUAGUGGAGAGUAACCGUCGGCAGAACCUGGCACUGAGCCCCGGCCACCUCGGCAUCACUACAGGCAACGGCCCCCCCUUCUCCUUCCGCGCCAUCCCAGAACCUGCCGGCACCCAACCGGAGAAACUCCAGAAGCCCAGCGCUUGCCUUGCGUCAAUCACCAGCGUUUAGGGGCAGAACUAAGGGCUGGGUGGAGCGCCGAGAGCCAAUGGAGAGAGGCCAGAAAAUAAAAGUCCCACCCCUAAGGACUGUUACAUCUUUAGACUGACUGAAUCAGUGGAGCUGCCACAAGCCCACUGUGGAACUAUAGCUAUUAACACACACACACACACACACACACACACACACCUACACACUCACUUGGACAGAUACAAACAGCGAAAUUUAGACUACCAGGAAACUGCUCUCUCUCACACAUACACACACAUAUACACACCAGGCCACUGGGCAGACUCUGACCAUGUCAUUCUACAGCCUCUAGUUUACACACUGCUGUUGUGUUGUUUCACUUUCACGUGGGUUCUAGUGCGUGUGCAGUGUGUGUGUGUGUGUGUGUGUGCGUGUGUGUGUGUGUGUGUGUGUGUGUAUGGGUGGGUGUAUGUUUGUAUAAUCUGUAAUCUCAGGUCAUGUUAUUUCCACUCCCAUUCCAGCUGCUCCAGAUCAGCGCAUCUCCCUCUGGUGGUGUCUCCUGGUAUUACACACUGAAGAGAUGCAGCUCUGCUGACUACUGUUACUGAUGGUACACACACUCUCACUGAUCCAGCUCCUACUCACUUUGUCUCUGUUAGUGUCUCUGUUCUAAAUUCACCACAGGCAGACUAGUUGUAAGGUGCAGUGCCACAAGAAGUGACUAUGAUAAUUAAUACCCUUGACCAUCACUCCAAAAUGCAUCAACAAUGUGAGGGGGUCAGACAGUCGAAUGAGUGACCUGUAAGCAGGACUGUUUCACUGUAACACUCUCUGUAGAAUGAAGCUGAGCAGUUGUUGUAUCUGUUGGAUGCCAUGAUGCCCAUUUAAAAAUGCCUUAACACUUUAGCUCCAGGGAUGAUGACAGGGGUUUUUAAUUACAGACUGUUAAGGCUGUCAUGGUGACAGAUCUUUUCCCACUUUUUCCUCUCUGUUUUUUGUUACCCCUCAUGUCCACUAGAUCUAACUGCGUCACGUUUCAGCGCUCUGGCAUUCCAGCCAGUGCACCAGUGUCCACUGGAGACAUGCUCUUUUCUCCACUCCACUAUCAUAACAGACCGAAACAGUACACUGACCCUGAGAGCUCAACGCACUGCAAAUGAUGAAAACAUGGGACAGUUUUUAGGGCCACCCUAGAUAAGACUUUAUUGAUCCCUGAGGGGAAAUUCUCAUGGUACAGCAGUACAGAGACAGGCUGACAAGUUAAAGCAGUGGUUCCCAACUGGUGGGUUGCGGGUUCAAUUUGAAUGGACCGCAAGUGACUCACGAAUGUGUCAAGUUUGUAAAAAAAAAAAAAAAAAAAAGAAAAAAAAAAUCUUUAUUUUGAAGUACAGUGAAUUUGAAGUGAAUGUUUCCUUCUGUAGAGUGAGUGAAUGACAGCUACUUAACAAAGACAGCAAACUAGCUGGACAACAUGGACAAACGCAAGUAUGAUGCUGAAUAUAUCCAUCUCUGUGGACCUUGACGUAAUGACUAAGGAGAAAUCUGGAUCCCGCUGCUGGACCAGUCGGGAACCACUGGAUUGGAGAACGGAUAGAAAACUAUUGAAAAAUAUAAAACAUAAGGUAUUAAAAAAAUUAGAGAGGUGACUUUAAAAAGGAAUAUACAGUAUAUACAUACCUUACACAAUAUAAUUGAAUUUAUAUAUACAGUGUAUAAACAUCUAUAUUUAUUAACAGUUGACAUGAAAUUACUUUACUUGCCUUCUUAGUGUUUAGGUACAUAUAGGUACAUAACACUCGCUCUCCAGGACCGCAAGUGUUACUUGAAUAAGUAAACACGGACUAACAGGACCAGACUGGCUGACCCAUAUGCUCUCACUUGGUGGAUGGAUGACUUGACAUGAUUGCCGAAAGUGGGAUGGUCAGCUUUGUGGUUGAUUACCGUGCCAAUCUUACAUAGGAGGAUGACCCUUGAAUGGUUUCAUUUGAUUUGUUUUGUUAUUGAAGCUAAUGUUAGCAAAUGCGCAAAAAAGGUACCCUUACAGAGAAAUCCAAUAUUACUCUUAAUACCUCCCCAAUUUCUGAUGAGGUGGACAUGAUAACCCCUAAUGCACAUAACAUUACAUUAUUCAUACUUUCCCCCUAACCUGAUAUGAAGUGUGCGCUGCACAUGUGAGCAUUUUUAAUGAUGGCCUUCGUCCAGUUCUUUAGUCAUAUCACUUUUAACAUAGUUGUCUUCAUUUUUGCAGCUGGUAUGCGAUGAAAUUUAAGUUUCGAGCCAUGACUCCUACUAUUCUGGCUCCCAAUAACACAACAAGACAACAUUUUAAGACUCCUAUGUAGCCUACAGCCCUGUGGUGGUGAAUCGCAUUUUGCCCCCAGCUAACAAACUGACUUCAUUGUGACGCCAGCCCUAAAAGGCUCUAUAGCUAACCUGUUUGCUUAUGGAGUCACUUCACAGUGGUGUUCAAAUAGAAGCUGUUGAGAUCCUGCAUAUGAUGUCACAACCUGUAACAGCCGCCAUACCAGUAAGCAGAAACCAUUUUUUUUCUGUCCUGAUAGCAUGUAAAUGUAUUCAUACUGACUGCUGGGGGAGCUAAUCUCACAUGACAUAAUAUUUCCACUAUGCCAGUCACAAUACUAAACCCACAGUUCAAUAAACAUACGAUUUAUGGAUAUGAGUGAUUAAUAGCAGUGUGGUGGUGGAGAUGCUGCAUAAGAAGGGACUAUUGUUGUGGUUACACUUUGCAGUGAUUAUGUUGAUGAUCACUGCAAUGGCUUUCAUUCUUCUAAAAGAUAACUGUAGACAUGAAACAGAUCAUGUUUUUGGUUUAAAAUGCCCAGUUUGGGGGACACAGUCUCAGUAAAAAGCAACUGCUUUUUCAUGGCACUAUCCACAGUGAAAGCAUAGUAAUGACUUGCUAAAAUACAACCAGUUUGUUGAUUGUUGGUCUCUAACAGUGGCCUGCAGCUUGGCAGGUGUCUCGCCUAGAUGACACACAAUCCACCAUCCCCUCCACCUCCUGAUUACACAGUCAGAUCAUACACCACAUCAUAUUAGAAACUUUGAUAUGAUAAAUAUGAAACGUGUAAUGUAUUUGAGGUUUGCAGAAACAUACAAUGUCGACAUUUUUUUCUGGUGACUGAACUGUCUGUUUUAAAGCCCAUUUAACACUGCCUGUUUGAGGUGAGAAUAUUGCUCUGUUAUGCCGCCUUGCAGUUCUGUAUAUAAGGUACAAUCGGAGAAUGGAGGAACAGAGUUGUCUCUCCUUUAAAGCCUAGUUCACAUUACACGAUUUUCACCUCGAUGUUGACGUCGCAGAGGAUCUUGAGAGCCACCUUGGGUCGGAGGUGAGUCGGCAGAUAGACUGCCCUCAUGUGUGAACAACCCUCCGAGCCAGUCGCCCCCUCGUCUGAGACUGGGACUGGAUAUCUGGCAUGCUAGAAAACUGGAGAGGUGUGACACGACUGACAAAGAGCAUCCACCAAUGAGAGGCGGGGACGGAAUAAAUGUGAGGAGAACAAGCCAGCAAGCAACAGCAACAAUAGCGGCAUCCAGAGGAUCACGUAGUGCCCGUUGUGUUUGGACCCAGGCUCUGGCGGCACAUCUGAUUCAUUUAUUUUUACUUCCACGCAAUGUAAAUAACCCACCUGUAGCCAGAUAGCGCAGGGUCAAGGACAGACGUUCUCUAGGGGAUAUGGCAAGCCUAAAUCUGGUGUCUUUCCUUGCGAUGUACGGCUCUACCAGCCCCAGCAAGAAAUCAAAGUCCUCCGCCGUCAUCCGUAGCAUUUCCCGAAAACCCGUUCGAUCAUUCAGCUAUGAAAGGUACAAUAAUCUGUCAAAAUACAUGCAUAGACCAUAUAGACAGUACAAUAAAAGCUGUUAGGCUAGCGGCACAGUGGCAACCGAGUUUCAUUCACAGAACUCACCUCCAACUCUCUCUGCAGAGUUGACAACCCGCGCGCUGCGUGCAGUGACCCAUUCCUUUACCCAAAUCCCUUUCUUCUUAUCCUGUUUCUUCUCAGCGCAGAGCAGGGCACAAAUGACCUGCAGAGCUCCAAGCUGUCGGACAUCCAUGUUGACAAGUAGCGCUGGGGAACUAUCCUGUUUUGGUCACGUGUGACAAAACGUAGUUUGGUGACGUCACCGCGUUAUCUGGGGCUCUGUCGGCGAGGGCUCGGUAGUGAAAUCUUGUGGUGUGCACACACAGGCCGUAAUGCAGUUGGCGAGACUCCCCAUGACAGAAACACACGUCGCCAGAGAUGAACACUGAAAAGAUCUCCGCGACUCAAGAUUGGUCAGCCAGUCGUGUAAUGUGAACAAGGCUUAAGUCACCAUGGGAGGUAGUGACAGUGCAGAAACAGUGUCUGUAUAAACAGGACAGCCGGCAGAACGGUAUCAUGGGUAGGACUGGUGUGACAUUUUGACGACAUGUUACACGUGCAACCCGACGCAGAAGACUUAAAAAGCAGCUAAUACCAGUUAGUGGGUAACUUAAAGAAGGAGAACAGCAGCUGUAAGUUGGGGAAGCAAUGAGAUUUAGGAGCUCCUUACCCUCUGAGCAGAGGACGUGAUCAGCCGCCAUACAACAGGGAUGGUAAAUUAUUGUUAUUGACAUGUUAAUGCCAUUGUAAUUGUUUAGAAAGUGCUGACAAUGUGUAUGUUAUAUGUCACAUUAGAGGCUGACAUGUUAAAUGUCACGCCUGUCGCGCCUCUUGAUUCCGCGAUGUGGGAUGCUGUCUAUAAUCACACACUGGAGUGGAAUGAUGCUGCAGUCGUUCUGUGUAAAAGUGCAAAAGCAGUACAAAGAAGGGACUCACAGAGGCUCCAUAGCGCCAUCUCUGUGUAAAAGGGCUUAAGCCAUGCUCUGAUCAUAUAAAGCCAGUAGCCUGUUGUAAUGUUAGCCACUAAAGCUCACUAAGAGAGCUUGUUGUGUGAUGGACCCAUAGUGAUAUAUACGAAAGGUGGAGACGUCAGCAGGCUCUAGUGAUAUUCAUGAUUUAUUUUUACUACCUUAGCAAACUAUGGUCAAUGAUGAGCUAAGGUUACAUGUAGAUACACACACAUUCGAGCACCCUAACUGUAACCCUUAAUGACUAAUAAAUGGAAAAACUGUGGAUUAGCCAUGGCUGCUUAUGGAUCUGCUGCUUUGCUUCUGCCCCUCAGUAUGGCACUCAGCACUAUGUUGCAAUGUGACAGCAUGACUUCAGUAAAACUUACUGACACAGAGAGCACACAGAAAUUGAGAAACUCAUUGGUUUUGUUUUUAGAUGGACAGUUUUUUCUAUUUAAUUCUUAUAAACUUUUUCAGAUGAAAUGAGAGGAGGAUGGGGAGUGGGUGGAGAGAAAAAAAACAGCCUGUUUUCCUUCCCAAGUCAUCAAACACUGACACAUUGUAACAUCCUCUGCAUGUGAUACUGAAGCCAAAUGCAACAUUAAGCAUCUUUAUUCAAAGCACCAGGCUUUCGAGUAACUCUUAUGUAAACCUACCCGUGGCAAUAGAGAAUAGAAUUGUGACAUGAGCAGUAAUGAGCAGCGCAAAGCAUUGUGGGAUUUUAGGACAUGGCACCAACAGUAGAGACCGAGGACUAGUAGGCGAUGCGGUUGAGUUUAUAUCUUAUCCUGCUUGAAAAGAUGGUGGAAUGGUGAACAUUUGCUGCAUUAUCAACUACCAUAACCGUUCUCACGACUGGAGUGGGAAACAGAUCGCUAAUGGAGUGCAAUAUUUCAGCUUUCUAGCUAGCACUGGACAUUGUGCGCGCUCCACUUGACCGCUGGAGCUGAGGAUCACAUGUGGCUUGAGCAGAGGUUCAUUAAGGAGUUCAAGCCUAAGACAUGAAUAUCAUUUGCAUGAAUGUAAAAUUAAUGACAAAAAAUACAAUCACAGUAGCCUCCACAUUUACACCUAACAUUAAUCACCACAAUGGAAGUAAGUCUGAAACAGUGCAGAAAGAACAGCAGCAACAACAGCAGUGACAACAUCAGAGCCACUGCCACCUUGGCUGGAAAUCACACGUAGUAACAAACUUAGUGUUAACCAAAAUGUAGCCUAAGUGAAAGAACAGCUGUAAUGACAACAAGUGAUGCAGUGUUGGCCUUGGAAGAAAAUGCUGUUAGUGGUGACACAGAGAGGUGUGUGUGGUGAGUAGCAAUUUGGUUACCUACCUUUGUGCAAAUGACGAUUUUCUGGUCGUUGACUCUUAAAACCUGCAGGUCCUGCACCCAUGUAUAUUUCAGCUGAAGGUGAGCCUGAAAAUAUUUAUAAUGUCAGAGCUGCUCAAAUGUGUAAUAGCUUACACCACAACUGAGGUAGGAAAACCUGUACAGAAAUGUUACAUUCAGUAGCUUGUUGAGAUCACCGGAUUGCUCCUUGGGUUCGUACGGAUCGAGGCUGUUUGUUUCCUUUCAUUUUUCGGAGUAGUACUCCUUGGCUUCCUUGUUCAGCUUCUCUUGGAAGGGAAUGAUGCCCUUGGUCUUUGACAGGUCUAUCCUUGUUUUUGGUCUCCGAUAAAGAAGCAUGUCCUAAAAUAGGGCUGCCCCUACCCAAAAUGCAAUGCGCUAUGACGUCGUUCCCUGUUCUCUGUACUUGACACUGAGAGCAGCUGACGUAGUGUAACGAGCGACAGAGUUCACGUAGGGUGGGAGGGAGGGUAGAUAGAUGGGUCAAACAAAACAAAACCUUCACCCAGGAAGAGUUUUGUCCUGUGUGAAACCAAAAGUCAACAUUGUUUUCAUGCAACAAUAAAUGUCAUCCACUGACAUCACUCAUGAGAUGAAUUAACAUGACAUCAGAGUAUGUUACGUAACAAACGUACUUAUUUUUACCCAAAACAUCAUCUUUUUUUAAACCUAACAAAGAAGUUUUAUUGCCUAAACCCAACUACGACCACUUCACGUUACAAUGCUUCAGCUUUGUGUCGUAUAGAAACCCUAUAAGGUGCCCUGUGCAUUGCUAUGAGACGCCAAGGCGCGUUACAAAGCUUCAGUAUUUGGUGACCUUGGAAUGGGAACGGGUUGGAAUAAAGAUAAAUACGCAGAAAUUGUAAACAAAAUAAACAACAUUAGACACAAAGCACCUUCAUUUCAGUACACACUUGAAGCCAAAUCAAACAGUAAAUGUGUGAAUGUCAGACUGCUUGAAGGCGUGAUGCAGCUGUAUCCAGCGGACAUGAGAGGUUACAGUCAUAACCCUGUUGAGUUUCAUAUCUAGGCUGUGAAAAGUGAGUAGCUGACUUCCUCAAAGAGUUGGGAAUUUUUUUACCAGCAAAUAUCACUGAUCGUUUUCAGUGGAUGGGAAGUGAAUUUGAAAUGAAUUGUCUAAAUCCUGGCAUCAGAGAAAGUAGAUGCUGCUGCAUGAUAAAGGCCAGCACAGGGUGUACAGGUGUACGUUUAUCAAAAGCAGCUGUACUGGCACCUAAAGUGGCUGAGCGUCCAACAGAGACUAUGAGAUACGAGGUGAUUCAGAAAACUCAACCAGGCCAGUGUUAUACACAACAAGCAGGGAUGUGACUUUUUUUUAUUUCAGUAUUGUUUUUAUUUAUACACAGCUAAACCAUUCAUUAACAUUUCUAUCAUGUUCAUGACUACUUUUUUUCCAACCAGUCUGAAUCAAAUCCCUGAGCCACUCUCACUCCUGGUGCUAAGAUGUAUUAUGGUCAGUGACGGUCAUGAUAAUUGUCAUAAUAAAAAGGGUGAUGAGAGAGCUGAAGUAUAAUAAAUGAUUGCUUAAACUUGUAUAAUAGGUUUCACCUGCAUACAUUUGACAACGGCCAUUUAGUCCCUUCUAUGAAGCAUAUGGGGAAACACGACUGGGAUUUCACAGUGAUAGGACAGACUGACGGGGCGACCACUGACUAUGGCACAGGGAGAUUCCACGUGUUGGUCUCAUUGUAACCAGACCUGAGCUGAGUUGGAUUUACCUUUCUCGAAAAAAAUCCUGCAGUCCUAUAGGUCAAUCAUUUCCCAUCCUCCUAUAGGCUCAGGGAGCUGUCAGUCAACCCAGUGUUGUCGUCCUAUAGGCUCCUCCACAACUACCUCCACAGCAGCAAAAACACAGCCCGUCCUUUCUACUAUCACACUGUCAUCAGCCUCUAGCCUGUGAAUGUCUGCACACUUACACACACACACACAUAUACACAUACAUAUAUACUCUAACACACUACACAUCAAAGUGCUGGACUCCCUAUUGUAUCCCUUUCUUCACUAACAAGGUUUUUUCUAAUGGUACAUGAUAGCAUUGUCGGUCAUCUGCCAACCCACCACACAAACACACACACAGUGUCCUUCUACUACUACUCCUCCUCCUUAAUACAGCCUCUAGUGGUACAUGACUUCCUCUGCAGAAUGAACCUCUGUCCUGAUCCAGGAAGGGACUUCAGAUAGUGUUGGCCUUUUCACCAAUAAGACAUGUAACACAAUACCCUGACAUACAGCAAUGCAAGCAAACCCACUGUGAUGAUCAGAUUCAGUAAGGAUAUGCACAAUGUAAGACUCCAGAUAUACUCCAAAGCCAGUUCCUCAUGACCAUACAUUUUGGUCAGUGUGCUGUCGCCCACACAAAUGUCUGCAUGGAUGCCAGCAGACAUGAGCUGCAGAUGAAUUCUCAUAGCUAUGUGUAAAGUACAAAUUAGCCUUAAGGGGUUCAGUAUGCUUAAAAUAAACUAGUUCAUAGAGUAUAACAUGUCAUCUGACUUUGGCGUCCAACUGAUCAGACAUUUUUUCGAUUUGUUUUGAGUAUACUGACCCUUUAAGUGUGCCUCAGCAAAAGAUACAAGUGUCCCUGCUUUUAGUUAGAGUGAUGACGAAUCAGAAUACUUGUCACUCUCACUUAGUUAACUUAACUUGCCCGCUUUAUGGUAGGACCUGGUGUUUUGUUUUGUUUUUAUUCUAUUUAUUUUCAUACAUUUCCUCAUGUUUGCUCAAUGUGAGGUGCUCAGUUCCUUAUGCCCUGCAGUCCUUGUCGCAACUAACUAUACUGGAUGUCUGGGCAACUAUGUCAUUAGUGUAGCGACGAGGACAAGAACCCUCACUGGCUUCCCAGUUUCAAACACAUUGUGUUUGUAGGAUCAAACUCCUGAAUGGUAGACUGGAUCUCUAAGGGCCUUUUCACACCUGAAAGUCUGAACUACGGUUCGCAUUGAGUUUUGGUUUAAGAUUGCCGUUAUACGAACACACUAAAGAACCAUACGUAGCAUAGCAAUGUCACGUCUCCCUAUACUUGACACUGAUUGAUUAAUAGACAAGCUCUCCCAUCCUCUCAUAUCCCCUCUCUGUCAUCCUCUCAGAAAAUAAUAGAAAAGUAUCAGAGUUUUUGUGACUUUUUUCCAACUGACUCUUUAUAAAGUCAUCUCCUUCACUGCCCGUGUUCUGCCGCGGCUCAUUUUGUUAUGUUGCAUGGUUCAUGGACAAACUAAAACCUACACUGUACAUUUAUGACCACUUGACAGCUUAACUGUUAAUUUCUCCUCUGCUUCAAUCGCCAACACCUCUCUGCUCCGAGUGCAGCCACCGUCACUCUCUCUGUCAUUCAACCACACACACACACUACAAACAAACACUACGCUAUUCUUAUCACUUGACGAUAGGUGAACCAUGGUUCAGUCUGAUCUGGAUCGAGACCACCUCUUUCUGUUGGACCAAGGUUUGGCUGUUUGGUCCGUUCUGUGAUCGGGAAAGUUUUACACCUAUUAUUUCAGUUCAGAUCAAACUGAAAAGUCCAGACCAAACAAGAUAGGUGUGACAGGGCCCUAACUCAUCACCAGCGUGUGCUCAGAACAAAUGUAACAAACACUUCUCAUAUGAAAAUUCCCUUGAUCCCAUUAAAGAACAAGCCGAAUGUCUCUGUGUAUGACGUAAGAAGUAUUAUCCAUACCACUGGAGUAGGAUUCUACUCCCUUAUAGACUGUUGGGUCUUAGUUCUCAUUUGACCACUACAUUCAGUCCUACUCUGCAUCUUGCCACUACUCAAGGGUACAACCUAAUGUCUUACCACUGCAGUAAAAGGUUGAGUAUGCUUUGCAUCAAACUACUUACACUAGAGUUUCACCUUCUUUUCCCUUUGUACUCGGAUACUGGUUUAUAUUCUUUCCCCAGUGGACUGAUAUUUCUGUUCUACAAAUAUGGCCACUAUUCUAUCAAUACUUAACAAUUCUAAUCUCUCUGUUACAAUUUAAAGAGAUUUGCAGUUUGUUUCAUUGCUGUUCUUGGGUCUUAGUCCCUGGGGUGCUAGAGAAAAAGGUCCAAGGGGGACUGAAACCCUUGGGGGUGCUACCAAUAAUUCAGAUUCUAACCUCUGUUCUCCAAGCAUCUAGGAUUGUAGCCCAUAGCCUACAAUGUCAGCAGGGUUCUAGGGCAAUAUUCAAGGAGUAUUAUGUAUUUGUCAUAGGGUUCUUGUCUCUGCUCUAUCCCAACAGAAGGGUUCCAGUCCAUUACAGAGCACACAGUAGGUUUUGGUCUUUACUAUAUAAUUGCUCUAGGUUUCUAGUCAAAGUUAAACCUCUACAGAAGGGUCUGUAGUACCGGUUGUACCCACGUAGUUGGGCUUUAUCUCCUAUGACUACAGAAAGACACUCAGAGGGGGAGGGAUAAGUCCAGAUUCUGUUAGUCAAGAUCUAGUCUCUGUUCCACCAUUACCAUUUAGAGAGGUGUCCUGUUCCUACAAAUACAGUAGUUUCAGACCCUGUUGUACCACUAAUUUUGGGUUUACCACUAUAGGUUGACUUCCUGUCCCUACAGUGAAGUUUAAUCUCUAAUGUACCACAGUUUUGGGGUUUUAGCUCCUGUUCCACAGCCACAGUGGGGUUCUUGUCCCUGUUCGACCAGUAACAGAGGGCUGUUAUCCCCUGCAUGGUGGAGGUCAUGGGUUCCAUCCUUCAUGUCUGAUGAUUGCACUGCCCCCUACCUGAUUCCUCCCUGCUACUGUCUGGCCCAGUGGCCCACCAUCAACCCCUAGCCCCCUCCAGCCACAGCCCUGUAACCUUCCAUCCCUUUUCUACACUGACAGUCCAUGAAAUGUCUUCCCUUAACAUCGGCGGUGGUUUAUAAAAAUGGAGGUUCAACAAUAACAUUGUUUCUAAUGGUGACGGUAUGUCAUACCUGUAAAUGAUGUUUAUCUGUCAUGCCUAGUCAAAUAAUUUAAACAAUAAAAAGAGGGAUUUUUUAAAUGUCUAUAAUAUCUGAAAGUCCCUUUGAUGUGUAGUAAUGGUGUUACCGUUGUUGUAGUGUAUGUGAUACCCUAUUGGGAUUGUGUUACUUUUUAAGAUAAUAAAAUAACAAUGUUUGGUUAUA